UAAGGACACACCCAAGGGAGCAGGCCGGGCUGCCCCUGCACCUUCCUCCAAUGUAGCAACACCACGUAGGAGUUUACUUCCGGCACCAAAAUCCACUUCUAUGCCUGCUGGGACGAAGAAAGAAUCACAGAAAGACCCAGAUGCUAACAAACCUUCUGUGUCAUCUCCCAAGAGAACAGCAGCUUCCUCCACCAAGCUUCACUCACCAGGGUACCCAAAACAGAGGACCACUGCUUCUCGAAAUGGGAUCACACCCAAGCCUGACCUACAGGCCCGAGAGGCAGAGCGGCAGCUGGCCCAGCGACUAAGGGACAGGUGUGAGUGGCAGGCCAGGCAGCUGGGCCUGGCUCGAGGGGAGCUGAAGAGGGCCAUCCGUGGCUUCGACGUCCUGGCUGUGUCCACUCAGCAUUUCUUUGCAAAGAGUGAAAGUGCCCUUGCAAAGGAAAAAGAGCUGUCAAUUGAACUUGCAAACAUCAGGGAUGAAGUUGCCUUCAACACCGCCAAGUGUGAGAAACUGCAGAAGGAGAAGGAGGCACUGGAGAGGCGGUUCGAGGAGGAGCUGAGGAGGCUGGGCUGGCAGCAGCAGGCUGAGGUGCAGGAGCUGCAGGAGCGACUACAGCAACAGUUCCAGGCGGAGAGUGCGCACCUGCAGGCAGAGCACCAGGACCAGCUGCUGCGCAUGCGCUGCCAGCACCAGGAGCAGGUGGAAGAAAUCACUGCCAGUCAUGAGGCUGCUCUGCUGGAAAUGGAAAACAACCACACAGUUGCCAUCACCAUCCUGCAGGAUGACCACGACCACAAAGUUCAAGAACUGAUAGCUACCCAUGAAUUUGAGAAGAAGGAAUUGGAAGAAAACUUUGAAAAACUGCGGCUCUCGUUACAGGACCAGGUGGACACGCUGACUUUUCAGAGCCGGUCUCUGCGGGACAGAGCCCAGCGCUUUGAGGAAGCGCUAAGGAAGACCACGGAGGAGCAGCUGGAGAUUGCAUUGGCUCCAUACCAGCACCUGGAAGAAGAUAUGCAGAGCCUGAAGCAGGUGUUGGAGAUGAAGAACCAGCAAAUCCACCUGCAGGAGAAGAAGAUCAUAGAGCUGGAAAAGCUGGUGGAGAAGAAUAUCAUCCUGGAAGAAAAGAUCCAAGUUCUCCAGCAGCAGAAUGAAGACCUCAAAGCCAGGAUUGACCAGAACACUGUUGUCACCAGACAACUGUCAGAGGAAAAUGCUAAUCUCCAGGAAUACGUGGAGAAAGAGACCCAAGAAAAGAAGAGACUGAGCAGAACCAAUGAAGAAUUACUUUGGAAGCUCCAAACCGGGGACCCAACCAGCCCGAUUAAAUUGUCCCCGACAUCCCCAGUGUACAGAGGCUCUUCCUCUGGACCCUCAUCUCCAGCCAGAGUCAGCACCACACCUAGAUGACAUCGCUUUGCCACCCACAGGAGCUCAGGCUUCUGUCCAUCGGAGGGAGUGCUGGCCAGGUGCUGGUGGCUGCCCUGUGCGCAUGCUCAGUAGCUGCAUAUACAUCUUAGCAGCAUCCUCUCUGACCCCUGUGUGAGACCGUCCUGGUACUGGCACUUAGAAAGGUGUAGGCAGCGAAGUCCGGUGUCCAAAAAUGUUUUAGUGUAGUUAGAGGCAAAAGAGAAACAACUCCAAUUGUUCUUGAGGGAUGAACUUCCACAGAAGUGUAGGUCAGUUGUAAACAGCUCCGUUUUGAAUACACAAAACUCUCCUUGUACUACUGUGUGGGUAUAAUUCAGACAUGUGGGUAUACACAUGUAGCAAUUCUGAAUUGCAUUUUUUUAUAACAUGAUGUGCUGACAUAUUUUAGUGACGUCAGCAGUUUUCUAAGUUGUGCCUAAGAAUUAUUGGGAAAUGAAAAUGCAUUUCUAUCUAGUUUCCUGGAAAUAUUUCUACCCAAAAUAGAGAAGAAAAAAAUGGAAAAAAAAAAAAAGAGAGAGAGAGAAGGAGAGAGA